AUGAAUGUGUUGCCGAAUAAGUGGGUUUUUCGUGUCAAGCGAAAUUCGGUUGGCUUUAUUCAUCAUUCCAACUCUCGCUUAGUGGCUAAUGGUUUUCAAUUUUCUAUGAAGGAUCUUGGGCCCGCUCAUUAUAUUUUGGGCAUGGAGCUUAUUUGUACUUCGUCCAUUCUAUCUCUUACUCAAACCAAAUAUGCUGUGGAUCUCCUCAAGCGUGCUAACAUGCACGAAGCCAAACUCAUGCCUACACCGGUUGUCAGUUGUUGUCGUCUUAGCAUCUCUGAUGGUGUUCUUCUGUUUGAUCCCACUGAGUACCUUAGUAUUGUUGGUGCUCUUCAGUACUUAACCCUUACUCGCCUAGACAUUGCCUUUGCUGUUAAUCAAGUUUGUAAGUUUAUGCAUAAACCCAAUACUAUUCAUUGUCUGGCUAUUAUGCGCAUUCUCCAUUAUGUCAAUGUCACGCUUAUUCAUGGGUUACUCUAUUCGCCAAGAACUCUUUAUCUCAAUGCCAAUUCUGAUGCCGAUUAUGUGGGGGAUCUCGAUGAUCGUCGCUCCACUAGUGGCUAUUGCUUUUAUUUCGGUACUAACUUAAUUUCUUGGAGCUCAAAGAAGCAACGCGGUGUCUCCCCGCUACAGUACUGA